AUUUCUAUCACUAUCAUCAUCAGCAUCAACAAACCAAUUCGUCAUGAGCUGAAGGCAGGCUGUGAAGGAUCGAGGUGCAUGUAAUCGUGACCUCGGUGAAGUUGCCGUGUUAUAGAACAUAAUAACUCAGUGCCUGUGGAGUUAUGGCCUUGAGGAGACUCUCUGUGGCCCACAGCUGCCUGCGAGCUGCGGGCACGGUGCGGUCAGCCAGCAGGACCACAGAGAGUGAGGGGACUUUUGAGAAUGAAAAGCCCUUAUGUCCUGGGAAUGCCUUUACACUCUUCCUUGAGACACAGGCAAGAGAUGGGAAGAGCUUGAAGAAUUAUAUAUAUGAAGCAGCAUGCAAAUGGAAUAAACUGCCACAGGAAGACAAGAGAAUUUUUCAACUUAAAGCAAAAGAGCUGGAAAAGAAAUAUAAAGAUGAAGUUUCUAAAUGGGAAAUGAGGAUGCAGCAGAGUGGUCACAGGGAUGUGGUACAAAGACACCAUCAGCUGACAGAUGGCAAAAACUUGGCCAUUGAAAGAAGUUGGGCAGCUGAAAUGGAUCAAGAUCAAGACUCCAUGGUGACAACUGAAGAAAAUGUGUCUCAUGUAAUGGAAGAAGAGAAAUCAGAUAUUAAGCUGAUAAAGGAUGGAACAGAGGCAUUGAUAAAGGAUAGAGUAGAGGAGGAAAAAAAUACAUUGAUAAAAGAGACAGAAAAGGAAGAAAAGUUACACAAAUCAAUAGAGACUCAAAAGGAGGAAAAGUUACACAAAUCAAUAAAAGAGCCAGAAAAGGAAGAAAAGUUACACAAAUCAAUAAAAGAGACACAAAAAGAAGAAAACUUACACAUAGAGGAAGCUGUGAUAAGAAAUUUGUCAGUACAGUCUUCAGAGUCAAGUACAAAACCCUUUAGGAGUAAACAAAAACAAAUUAUUAUAACAAAGAAAAUAAAGUCAUUUUCAUGGUGAAAUUUAAAAACAACUAAAUAUUUAAUAUUAUUAUUGUUAAUGAUUUUAAAGGCAACAUUGUUACUAUUGUUGCCUCUCUCUCUCUCUCUCUCUCUCUCUCUCUCUUUCUCAUGGUUUGUCAAAAAUUGUACAUAUUUUAGAAAUAUGAUACAUAUGUACUC